AGGUGGACACACGAGUAUUUCAACAAAAGUAUCUAAAUAUAGUUGACCCCUUGAAGGAAAAUAACAACCUUGGCCGUAGUGUCAACAGAGGGAGUUUCUGUCGAAUACAAAGAGCUUUUAGGUAUGGGGCCCGCAAGCUUGGGAACAUUCUUUCGUUACCAUCUGAUAGAGUUGCCGAUGAGAUCAAGAAGUUCUUCGCAAACACUAUUGAGAGGUGUAGACACAAUCUUUUGGCUGAUUUACAAGAUUCCUGCCUAAUAUUUGGUGACGAAGACACAUGUUCUUCAUUAUCCCCUGCUGAAUCUUAUUCUGACAAUAGAAUGCUUCUGAAAUCAUCCGAUGGUGAUUUUGAGAAUGAUAGUCUGAAAAAGGUAUUUAAAUCAAUAUCAAAUGAGUUGUCGAGUAACUUAAUGAAUGGAGUUUCUUCAGAUAUGGUGUCAGAAAGUGGCUCCUUUCCAGAUGAUGCAGCCUUGUCAGGAUUCUGUCUAUCUACGGAUGCAAGUGAUCAUUCAGCUUCUGAUCCUCUAAAUCUUGAUGUUGCAAAUGGAACAUAUGACUGUUGUUUUAAUGGAAACUCCAUGAAUUUUCUUUCUAGGAAGCAUUACCAUGAUCCUCCGUUUCAUUUCAAUAAAUCAUAUGUUGAAAAUGGAAACUCUGGGCCUGAGAAUCUGUGCCAAAGUGACCUAUCUGAUUAUGGUUUGUGGGUAGAAACCAGAGAGUUCGCUCUGGAGUGCAGCAGCAUAUACCAAUCAGGUACAGAUUAUAGCGAGAGCGUCUGGUCUGGUGGUUCAGUAAUCUCAAGUCCAAAGACCAGUAUUCUAGAAAGUUUAUUUCUCGAUAUAGGGGAAAGGGACUUGGCGAGCACAGCCGGAGAUGUUGAAGCUUUGAAUCCUUUGGUGGACUUAAGUGGGGACUAUGACAGCCAUAUACGGAGUUUGCUCUAUGGCCAGUGUUGCUAUGGUUUUUCUCUGUCAGCACCAGUACUCAAUAGUCCAUCAUCACCAUCUCAAUGUCAGAACAAGCACUUUUGGGAUACUGUGCGGCAAUCGAUGCCACUUAGACAGAACUCAUUUUGGCAAACAAAUGUGAAUGGUAUGCUUGUAGGACCAGCUGUUCACCGUCCUGAUAAUUCUCUACCAUCUACUGCUGCUUUAGGUUCUGAGAAGGAAGAAACGGCACAAGGAAUUGGCACCUACUUCCCGAAUUCGAAUUAUUCUUUCCAGGAGAUACGGUGUAAAGGAAGGACUAGGAUUAAGGCACCAAGAAAUCAUUGUCAGUUGCAUAUGCAUAGUGGCACUCAUAGUAAUAAGUGGGUUCCUGCUCUUUCCGAUGCAAAUCGUUCAGAAAAGUGUACAGUAGAGAUUUCAGCUGUGCAAUCUUCUGCUCAAGGUCGUGGAAAGUUUGCUGUAGCUAGCCAAUCUGAUAAGCUCCUCAAAGAUUUUCAUGCCAAUGAUUUCUCGCAUUCAUCAUGUAUAAUUGAGUUUGGAUCUCUGGGGAAUCUUUCUGAAGAUGCGCUUUCAUGCACUUCUCAUGACGUGCUCCUGAUUAGUGUCCCGCAAAAGGUGCAGCUUCCAGAAUCUGUAUGUAGUAAACAAGAAAGGGCUGCAGAACAUCCAUUGCGCCUUAAGAAUGAAGAUGAGUUCCCUCCUCUGUCCUUGUCGAAGGGUUAGGAUUGACUUUCUACUUGUAUGAAGACUGCAAGGGAAUUUUUACAGUAAAAGCUAACAAAAGCAGAUACUUUUAGGCAGAUAUCAGAUAAAAAAGAGAGAAUUAUAGAAACUAAAACAGAGUAUGUUUUUUAACCUUUAUUUGCAUUAUUAGUAUCUUUUUGGUAGUGAGAGAAUACAACAACUACAGCUCAAUUCCAAUCUAGUUCGGGUUGGCUAGUGUAAAAUAGACAUGCACAUUGUAUAGUACCUUUGGCAGCAUAUUGUUGCUGCAUUAGCGGUACCAGCAUUCUAGACUUAGUUCUGAUAGCUUCUAACAACUUUGGUUCAAUUCACUGACUUUUGUUUUCAUCUGUUUUA